CACUUGGUUCUCAAUAAGCUCAGUUCGAACAGUUGACCAUGGCGCGUCGAGCGCUCCAGCUUCUGGCACUCGCUGCGACGAUGCAGGACGUUGAAUGGUAGUUUACGCACUUGCAUCAUAUUCUGCGUCAUCUUGGCCUUCUAUUCAGGCCAUUUUCAUCGUGUAUAACUGCUUAUUGCUGCUGUUAUCGCUAUUCUAACAUCCACAUCGACUGGUUUUCACAGCUUGGAGCUCUCGAACCGGCAGCUGACGAACAUUACGUCGAAUGGCAGCAGCUUCGCAUUCUACAGUGACAGUGAGCUCAUUACGACAGUGUCGGCUUCCGCUUUGUCUCAAGAAUCGCGCCUCCAACUGCAGGACAACUCGCUCAAUAGCAUCCCUGCAACGCUCUUCCAAGCGGCCUACAACGUCACAUCCAUAGAUAUUUCCAAUAACCCACUGACGAAGCUGGACGCCGGAUCGUUCGUCAAUAUGCCCAACCUUCAGAGCAUUUUGUGUUCAAACACAAAUGUUACUGUGCUACCAAACAGCCUCGUGAGCAACUGUCCGCUGUUGAGCAUCAUGUCGUUCAACCACAGCGCAAUUGGAGAGAUUGAGCCGCAAGCACUGGUGAACCUGACAGCCUUACACACGCUAGAUGUGAGCCACAAUGAGCUGGAGAGCAUUCCUAGUGCACUGUUCACAGUAUCUUCGUCGUGGAAGUCUCUGGAUUUCUCGCAUAACGGCAUUAUGGAGGUGCCGUCUGGUAUACGGAAUGCUAUUGCUGAAGGCUACAUCUCUUUGGACUACAACGCAUUGGUAGAGAUUGAGGAAGGUGCCUUUGCUGACGCCAAGAUUUCUGAGCUCCGACUAGCAUCCAACGCCAUUUACACUCUCAAUUCCAAAGCGUUUGCUGGAAUGUCGACGCUGAGGAAACUGAAUUUGAGCGACAAUGUCAUCUCGGUCAUCGAUGAAGACGCAUUCGCAGAUGUAAACGGGCUCCAGGAACUCAGACUGGACUCCAAUAACAUUCAUCGGCUGACACUAUCGUCCGUUCCGACAAGUCUGGAGCGUUUAGAGCUGCAAAACAACCUGAUGGAUCUCAUGCCUGACUUCCCUGAUGACUUCGAGGCAUCGCACCUGGUGCAUCUAAAUCUGAGCCGCAAUUACUUGUGGUCCAUCUCGACAAAUGACGCUCUUACUCCAUACACGGGACUCGUGACAUUGGAUUUAAGUAACAACCGCCUCGUCAGCUUCAGCGCCGCUGUUUUUGACCCAAUCAUGUCGACUAUCGAGUCAAUGAAUUUCGACUCCAACCUCAUCACUUCCAUUCCCAGCACCAACUUCAUCGCAUUGGUCAAGGAGCUUCUAACUAACGUCACUCUACUGAAUAACCCCGGGAUUGGCUGGUUUGCUGACGUGGAUAUGCGCAACGAUUGCCCCAAAGGUAGCGUCUUUGAAGAACUAACACUAUCGUCAGGCUCUGGAUCAGCUGGUAGCGUGGAUCUCUACGGCUGUAUCCAGUGCGUUGCAGGCACUUUCCACGAUAACUCGACUGGUAGCUGUGUGGCGUGCACUGAAGUUUCGUCUCGUGCGUAUUCGGAAGAAGAUGGCGCCACAGUCUGUUUGUAUUGUCCGUACUCGUCCGACUUGGAGCCCGAUCGUACAGAGUGCAGGGACUUCGAGUGCAAUACGUUGUGUUGGUUAACGUUGUCCAUGGGGAUCGCGAUUCCAGGGAUAAUCUUUAGCAGUAAGUUCCUGCUCUACCUGAUCAUGAAGAGCUCGAAACGUACGCGUAGAAUGGACAUCAAGGAGCAAGAAGCCAUGAACGACUGGCGCAUGGGACUCAUGAUGCAUCAACUGGCUGAACCAAUCAGCCCAAGUGACUCACUACUGGACGAUGAGAUCGAUGAAGAAGCCUCUGGCCGUGGAGAGAUGCCAGUGCGAAUCUAUGAUCUCCCAGAAGAAACUAAAGACCUGGUGUUGAGUACUUUACGGGAUUAUUUCCAGAUCAGGAAAGAGAAACGAUGGCAAGCGCUUCCUGCAGACGAACAAGAAGCCACAAGUGAGUGGCAAGACGUUGAGUGGGAGACCUUCCACAUGCACCGUAUUCUCAGUCGCAGUUAUCAUGGUGAAGUAUUUUUAGGCGAUUAUUGCGGUACUCAAGUGGUUGUGAAGCGAAUGAUGACGCUGCGAUUUGAAGUGAAGGAGCUGGCGGACACGAUCAAAAACGUGGAGUUGUUGGGCUCUUUGCAUCACCCUAACAUUGUCACGUGUUUGGGGACGAUGUGGUCGGAUCCUGAGCACUUGUGCGUCAUUUCAGAAUACGUUAAAGGCGGAGAUUUAACUGCAGUACUGGAGGUUGACGGCUUGGACCGACCCAACAGAAACAACUCGUCAUUAUCCAGAAUAUCGACAUCAUCUGCUGGUGAUGAUACGGAUUCUAAGUGGUCUCUACUCGCUGCUAUUGGAAUGUCCAAGGCGUCACUUAUGACUCGGUUUCAAAUGGCUCUGGACAUCUGCAAAGCGCUCUUGUAUAUGCACAGCAAAGGCAUCUCUCACAGUGAUCUACGCAGUCGAAAUGUUAUGGUGACGGAGAUGUUUCGAUGCAAAAUCGGGGACGCUAGACAUCACAGUCGCGAUGACACACACCAUGCAACGCAUGUAUUGCUAGUGGAAAGUCCAGAAGUGCAGAGUUCUGACUCGGAGGAAGAGGGAGAAGGCGUUCGGUUCCUUCAGCCGGAGAGAAGAGAUUUGCAACAAGACAAAGGACCGACACUGCCGCUAGUGGCGCCUGAAGUGCUGCAUCACAACUCACGACAUCUUCAUGCCGACAUUUACAGCGUUGGCAUUUUACUUCUGGAACUUUGGUUUCAUUCUCUGAUUUUCUUCCAGAAUGACAGACCGAAUAAUGAAUUCGAAGUACGGAAUCGAACCGAGAAGCUGCGACUCACUAUUGAUGAUCAAGACGAGGUCAAGAAUCGUACGGAAGACGCUACUCUACCCAGAACAGCGAGCGCUCUUCAGAAGAACAAGGAACAUAAUGCUGCUAUGCAUCACUUUAUGAGCAAGUUACGCAUGCUAGCGAACGUUGGUGGGACGGACGCUGAGGCGGAUGAAAGCAGUUUUGGCACCACUCCAACGUCCUCCGCUACGUCGUUGACUGUAUCGUUAUCUUCCUCGAGCGCCAUUGUCGACAAACUGUCGAAAACUAUUGAGGAUUGUCUGCAAAGCGACCCGAAGAAGCGACCAACUGCCAAGAAGCUCGUGGAUCUGUUUCAAUUCUUCUUGGAUGAGAUAAAUGCCACAUAGUAGAUGCCAACUCGUUCGUAUUUAUCAACUUCAUUGGACUACUUAGCUUUUAACUUAUGCAGCCGUUUGACAACACAUACAACAAGAACAUGUCCCCGCUUGGGACGGGGUCAAUGAUGUCUGAGAUACUUUACAUUAACUAUCGGAAUAAGUCUC